UCCAACUUCACUUAGAUCUAUCAGGAAUUGAACAUCACUCCCAAGGAAGUGAGACAUAGUAACAGGAAGCAUCUCCAAAGAAACAGUGAUGUCAUAUCAAACAGAAGCAGUGAGUUCCCAGCCUCAGAUGACUGUAACCAGCUACACUGUCUCUCACUGGAGCUCUGAUGUCUGCGACUGUUGUGACGACUGUGGAAUCUGUCUGUGUGGGGCAUUUAUUCCUUGCAUUUUGGGAUGUAAGGUGGCACAGGACAAUGGUGACAGCUGCUGUUUGCCCUUUCUACCUGGCGCCAUGAUUGCAUUGAGAACCAGCAUCCGUGACAGAUAUCGUAUUAAUGGCUCUGUCUGUGACGACUGGGUGAUUAUGACCUGCUGUCCGUCCUGUGGACUCUGUCAGAUGGCUCGAGAGCAGAAGGCAAGAGGCUGAUUUAAAAAGAAAAUGAAGAGGAGAGAAUGGCUAAUUAAGAUGACUGGGAUUGUUGUUGUUUUUAGAAUAUUCCAAAAUAUCCAUGGUUCGUGUGAUCCUGCAAAUACAUGCAUGUAAUGCUGCAUGAAAUCAAAGACACAAUGUUAGUUAUGUGUUAUAUUGUUACACCUUACAUUAAAUCAAGAUGCAUUA